AUGAAGUUCGUUGCUUUCUUGCUCGCUUUGGCAUACACCGCCACUGUUGCCAUGGCUGCAGAAGUCAAAGAGUGUGAAGUCUGUGUCAAGGUCAUGGACGACAUUCGCGCCAGCAUUUCCAAGGAGGACUCCCGCAAAAAGCCCCUUGUGGAGAAGGCCAUGGGAGACUACUGUGCCGAUGAGGACAAGCUUUCGGCUCGCGAAAAGAAGAUUUGUUACUACAUUGACCCCAUCAAGAGAGACGUUGCCCAACCAUUUUCUCUAGGCAUGCCCUCCUUGAAGGUCUGCAAGCGUAUUACCAAGUCCAACCCCGAAAUUUGUACCGUCAAGUUCCCUGUCAAGACGGAAAAGAUGGAAAAGAAGGACAUUUCCAAAUUGCGUGUCAAGCAACUCAAGGCCAUCUUGUCGGAGCGAGGAGUCGAAUGCAAGGGAUGUGUCGAAAAGGAAGAAUUCGUCAAGAAGGUUCAAGAGACAGAACAUUUGUCUGGAGAUGAAUUCUAA